CAACUUGAUCCCAACAAUCACUUGUACCUGUAGCUCCGGAGAGCUGACGCGCUGCUUUCUGCGACUCUCUCGUUUCGAACCGCUCAAGUUUGGACGUCGAAAAAACCUGCAACUGUCUAAGUGCAACAUUGAAUUCAGGUCGCCUGAACUUGAACUCUGCCAGUGUACGUUGCGAUAUCCCAUCAACUUAGUCUCCCCAAGGAGAGGUAGAAAAUCAUUCAAACCUUCAAACCUUCAUGCCUCAGGAUAUCCUUGUCUGACCAUCAACUACGUGUACGUUGCUCGAUCUGUGCUCGAUCCUCGACAAGAUCACCACACCUGACACGAGAGCAACAAUCUGAAAUACAGACGGACCACGCACUGGUCAAACUCGUCGCACUCUUUCGCGUACGAGUCCAAGUCGUUGUGCUGGACAUGCAGCACAUUCUCAGUGCUGUAUCCAGCUCAAUAUCAGGCCUCCCCUUCGUCGGCGCUCCUAAGGAUGUUAUGACCUCCGCACAAUGUCUAGCACAGCAGCUCAUGAACUACGAUCUCUGGUACAGAGUCACGACCUAUCUCUCUGUGGAAGAUGCACGCACUCUGUCGAUGGUAUGCCGCGAGUGUCACGCAGCCGCAAUCAGACGAUCCAUGUCGUUUGUCAAGCCCACUAACAAGGAUCAGCUACGUGCAAUGUGUUCAUCUAUGACCAUCGGAAAAUACUACCGGGCAUCUCUCCUGUCCGAACUGCGGAUAGAACGCAAGGCGUUUGGGGCUCUGUCAUUCUCUACGGUGUGGGUGCCGUAUCAUUUCGACAAAUCCUCACCCAUCCCGGGCGAUCUCGCGGCCCUCCUCGGGCAGACGGUGAAUCUGCGAGUGUUGUCGCUCCAAUGCGUAGAAGACCUCAUCGAGGCCAACGCCAGCGUUGGAGACGCACUCGUAGGCUUAGAACGGCUCGACACCCUGGAGCUCAUGGACAUUGGCGAGAAGACGUUCGCCGUCGCGAUGCGCAUACCCAGCCGACCGACGAAGCUCACCCUCUCCUACGAGACGCACGAUUCUACUCGGAGCGACCUGCGCCAUCUCAGCCAGCUCCCCCUUCUAGAACGUGCGCGCGUACUCGAUCUGCGCCAGUUCCGACUCGCCGAUGCCCCUGUGAAUGCUAACCUCGACGGCGCCAGCCUCAUCCACCCGUGGCCCGCCACCGAGGAACUGUGUCUCACGUUCUGCGCGUACCUCCCCUUCCGUCAGCUGUUCCCGAACCUCCGCACCCUCUCGAUGUGGAGGAUAUGCGAGAUGACCCACGCCGAUAUGUCCUUCGUGCAAUGGCCGUCAUCAGUGCCCUUGAAGCACGUUACCGGGGACCAACAGAACGUGAUGUGCGUUUGGGGCACACCGGUGCGGUGGCUGGACUUGAAGACGUACUUCCCCGACAGCAUCUCUCUGCUCCGCUCAAUACGCGAGACUGUGCCUGUUGUGUUGUCUAUGUUGUGUCCUCAAGAUGACAUGCACGAUGCCGAGUUCUGGGAGAGCCUGGUCGCAGCGGUGACGACGCCGCAGGCGCGACUUCGGUAUCUGAUGCUGACCAUCAAGUUCGACCAGUCAGAAGGUCUCCGCUGGCUGCAGAAGAUGGUACCGCUCCUCUCAACGACACGUCUGCUCAGCAUCAGGCUGAUUGUCAUCGACCUCGACUACACGCCCCCAGUAGACAACGGACGCGAAGACGUAUGGCACGGCGACCCCGACCGCGUCCCCUCCCACUGGCAGACGUUCUUCCGCCAGGUGCAUGGCAGCCUCGCACGCGCGAUACCCUCGCUCCGCCUCAUCUCGGUGCUGUUUGUCGGUCGGAUGAACGUGACCCUCCAGGCACAGUACGACGAUGACUAUGAUGGGGAGUUCUCGUGGUGGCGGGUGGUCGAUGGCGACGGUGGCGAGCGCGAAUGCGCUUCGGUGCAACCGGAUGUCGGCGAGAAGAUCCAUCGGCACCUUCUGUCUGAUGAGUUCGAGCGGAGGUUAGACUUCGAUGAUCAAAUGCUCCUGGAGGGGAAAGAUACCUCAUAGUUCUCGCAGAGGAGAUUCAGCCUACACAAGCUAACUGCUGUUGUGCUAACGACAUGUACACUAGGUCCUAAGCAAUGAUACAAUGCUCUACGAUUGAGCCCCGAACGGACGUUGUAUAUCGACGCGUUUAUGCAAC